AUGGUUCACUGCGCCGGUUGCAAAAGACCCAUCCUGGACCGCUUCCUGCUCAACGUCUUAGACCGGGCUUGGCACGUGAAAUGCGUCCAGUGUUGUGAAUGUAAAUGUAACUUGACCGAGAAAUGCUUCUCCAGAGAGGGAAAACUCUACUGUAAAAACGACUUCUUUAGGUGUUUUGGUACAAAGUGUGCCGGCUGCGCGCAGGGCAUCUCCCCCAGCGACUUGGUCCGAAGGGCCAGGAGCAAAGUCUUUCAUUUGAACUGUUUCACUUGCAUGAUGUGCAACAAACAACUGUCGACCGGCGAGGAACUUUAUAUCAUCGAUGAGAACAAAUUUGUCUGCAAAGAAGAUUAUCUGAGCAACAGCAACCCUGCCAAAGAGAACAGUUUGCACUCAGCCACAACCGGUAGUGACCCCAGCCUGUCCCCAGAUUCCCAGGACCCCUGCCAGGAUGACGCCAAGGAUUUGGAAAGUGCCAAUAUCUCCGAUAAGGAGGUGGGCAGCAAUGAGAAUGAUGACCAAAACUUGGGGGCCAAACGGAGAGGCCCCCGCACCACCAUCAAGGCCAAGCAACUGGAGACCCUCAAAGCAGCUUUUGCUGCCACCCCAAAGCCCACCCGGCAUAUCCGUGAGCAGCUGGCCCAGGAGACGGGCCUCAACAUGCGUGUCAUCCAGGUUUGGUUCCAGAACAGGCGCUCCAAGGAAAGGCGCAUGAAACAGCUGAGCGCGCUAGGGGCCCGCAGGCAUGCUUUUUUCCGCAGCCCCCGCCGCAUGAGACCGCUGGUGGACCGUUUGGAGCCGGGCGAGCUCAUCCCCAACGGGCCCUUUUCUUUCUAUGGAGAUUAUCAGAGCGAAUAUUACGGACCCGGGAGCAAUUAUGAUUUUUUCCCACAAGGACCUCCCUCUUCUCAAGCCCAGACUCCAGUUGAUCUCCCCUUCGUACCCUCCUCAGGACCAUCAGGAACCCCACUCGGGGGAAUGGACCACCCUUUACCAGGACAUCACCCUUCUAGCGAAGCUCAGCGUUUCACAGACAUCAUGUCCCAUCCUCCUGGAGACUCUCCUAGUCCAGAACCCAAUUUACCUGGUUCAUUGCACUCCAUGUCAGCAGAAGUCUUCGGACCAAGUCCUCCAUUCUCCUCGAUAUCUGUCAACGGCAGUGGUAACUACGGUAACCACUUGUCGCAUCCACCUGAAAUGAAUGAGGCUGUUGUAUGGUAGCUUUAAACACCAGGACUUGGUUUUGAAGGCAUGGGCCAACCAACGUCCAUCCUGCUGAUACUGAGAUGUAUAGAAAUGAGUUCAAAGAAAUAGACUUUUUUUCCUUCUGCCUUGCAUUUGUUUCUUUCUUUUUUUCUCUCACUUGGCUUAAUAUUGGGAGUUAAUUGAAUAAUUCAAAGCCCAGGGAAAUUUUGCUAUAAACUGGGGGACAAUCUUAACACUAUAGAAUGAAGACAGACUUUUUUUGUACUGAGUGAAAAAGACACUGAUGAAGCGGAUGGGUUUCGAUACUGCAAUAUAUUAUGGGAUGGCAUAUACUUGGAUGCCCAUGUUCACUACACAGUCCUUCUAGGAAUCCAGAGGAAUAUCUUUCCACCAGGAAAAGAAACUAGUAUUGAAUAAAAGCAAGCCAAGGUCAAUAAGAAGAAGGGGAGGGAAAACGAACAGCUUAAAAGAAUUCUAGCGAUUUAAAAAAUUAUGAUUUUAUUGCUUUGUUAAGUUUGCCUCUGAAAGUUGAACAGAGUCCACGAUGAACAGACUUUUUAAGCCUCUGAAAUGCCUGACAGGCAGAUGAAAUGUAGUUUAUUUUAUUGUUCUUUUGGGAAGGGUUUCUGGGUUCAGGGGGUGACCAGAGUAACAAAUAUUUAAAUGUUAAAUCAACUUUUCUACCUUCUCCAAGCAACACACACCAAUAAUCCUCAAAACCCAGAAGUCCGGCUUGACUUCUACGUUUAAAAAAAGAAUGACUUGAAAGAAUGAAUAAAGUGUUCUACCUUCACAAAAAUAAAAGCUAAACAAACAAACAAACAAAAAUAAAGACUCUAUGGAACUAGAAAAAAAACAGUCAACUGUUUACGUCGAAUAUUAAAAUUCAGGAUCUCAAUGUUUUACAAAAAAUAAUCCUGUUUUAGAACCUCUUGUUCAAAAGCAAAAGUAUUUUGAGCAAUCAACCAAAAUAGUUCAUCUUUUUUUUUUCCUUCUAUUUUUUUUUCUGUAGAUGUAAUAAGACAGUACAGGGCUUGUGUUUCACUGUGCUAGUUUGUUGCGGUGGUGUUUACAGAAGGCAAAGAAGACAUACCUUUAAAAUCAGACAGUUGCCAAAUAAAACAAUUCUAUAGCACAAAAUACUCUUUGGGGUUGUUGGUACCCACAGGCCAGGAAAAUCUUUUAAACAAAGUGUUAUAAGGUUAAGGGGGAAAAAUUAACAUCUUUGCUAAUGUUUAGUCCUGUUCAACGUUAAUGGAAUUGUUAAUAUGACUUAUAUAGACCCACACAGGUUUUAUUUUUGUGUCUUUAAAAGAAAAAAAGUCCAAAAUAUUUAAAUUUUAUGAUCAAAUAUGCAGUCAGCAGCUGCUACUUUUUUCUUUAUAUAUUAAAUUUCUCAUAGGUCUUUUAUUGUUCAAAUAAAACUAAGCUUGUGUGACCUCCAGUGCAUAUUAGACCAUUCACUGUAUGAAAGGGGGAAAAAGUUGGAUUAAAAAAUUUGUGAAUUUUUAAUAAAACUAGAAAAUCUGA